AUGGCAUCGUUGGAGCGGCUCCGCAGGAACCGUGGCGUCGUCAGGGCCAGCGUCACACGAACCAUUACGCUCCUGACCGACGAACUUCAGGCCACGGCUCCUGAUGCCGCUCAAGUUGAUUCGCACGUUACAUACCUGACUCAGAAGAACGUCGAGCUCGGCAACCUCAACAAGCAAAUCCUCGACGCCACGGACGAUGACGCUUAUGACGAAGAGCUCGAGGCCGCGGAAGACUACGACCGGAAGGUGUCCUAUGCCGUGUCUCGAGCGCGCUUCUUCCUGCGCGAACACGCCAACACAGCGACGGCAAGGAGGACUUCAAGGCCCGAGGCUACGUUACCGAACCCCGACGUCGCUGGGGCCGGCAGCUCAGCGCAUGCCGAGGUCACUGACGCUGCACCUCGUGUAACAGAGGGGACACCCGGCCCAGCAACCGCGCCGCGUCAUCGCACAGUGGUCCUGCCGAAACUUCAGAUACCGACAUUUUCCGGAGCACUGCGCGACUGGCAGACCUUCUGGGACCACUUCAGUGCCACGAUCCAUCGUAAUGAAGACCUUCUGCCGAUUGAGAAAUUUAAGUACCUCCUCUCGUAUUUGAGUGGCGCCGCGAAGAGAGCCAUCGAAGGCAUUAGACUCACGGAGGACAAUUAUGCGAUCGCCAUCAGGACCUUGACGGAGCGAUUUGGUCGACGCGACUUGCUCAUCAACGAGCACAUUGACCACCUGCUCGCCUUACCACCAGUCAAGUCUUCGGCAGAUGUCGACAAACUCCGCCUACUCUACGACAAGGUACAAUUUCGCGUCUCGGCACUGACCGGUUUGGGCGUCUCACCCGACCAGUACAACGUGGUCCUCAACCGCGUCCUAAUGAGGUGCCUGCCUGACGACCUCGCGAUCCUCUACCGGCAGAAGUACAAAGAAGCCGCGCAGGAUACGUCCGGUAUAGCGACCCCCGAAGAAAGAGCUCGUCAGGUUGCAGAAAUGCUAAGCUUCCUGCGCAUACAAAUUGAGGUUCGAGAGGAAGACAGACCAGGACGAACGCCGUCUGCUUUCUCGCGGUUCCUGCCCGAUGAAGAUGUCGAACCUCCGUCAGCACCGAUGGGACAUUUGCCUACAGCGUCCGCACUUGCCGCCGAAUCUGUUCCAAUUACGGAAGAGGUGUGCCGCUUAUGCAGCAGUUGUCAGCACACCAUCGCGGACUGCAACGUUCAACUCUCAGCUGAGGAAAAACGGGCUCGGUUGCGCACGGCUCGUUGCUGCUACCGUUGCGGCUUGCAAAACCACAUGGCGCGUUUUUGCCGACGUGCGCGCAGCAUCAUCUGUAGUAAGUGCAACCGACGACAUCUCACUAUCCUCUGUGAAUUGUUCACGCCCGUAGCCCCAACCCGUGCAAUCGCAACGACAGUGAACCAAGACGAGCCUCGCAUCACCGGGCGAGGCACGAACACGCCGUCAGUGACGUCGGCCCCAAGCGCCCUGAGCGGAAUCAACGCCGUUCUUCUCCAAACAGGACGAGUCUGGAUCGAGUGCGGGUCCCAAAAGCGUCUCGUGCGCAUUCUACUUGACAGUGGUAGCCAGCGCACAUUCAUCCGAGCGGAUGUCUCAAAGGACCUCAGAUGCCCGGUUAUCGGAACCGAAGAACUUUCCGUGGUGACGUUCGGCCACUCGAAGCCCCGCGAAGUAAUACGCAGUCGACGGGUAGCUUUGACUUUACGAGGCCAACGUAGGGACAUAGCGGUAACCGUGGAGGCCUUGGAGGUCCCCGAAGUGUGUGCAGUUACAAGCCCGCCGCUCAGCACUGAUAUUUUGCAGCUUUUGUGCGACAAGAACUAUGAUGCCGCAGACAACUUUCAUCCCGACACAUGGCACCCACAGGAAGUAAGCGUAUUACUUGGUUCCGACGUCUACUGGAAGGUCGCGACUGGAAAGGUUGAUCAUUUAACCAGCAACCUGACGGCCGUGGAAACCAAGUUCGGCUGGACCGUUCAGGGCACCACGGAACGCGAAAGAAGUUCAGCAUUUCCGCGGUGCGACCGCGGCGGCCCACCGUCACAACGCCGGCCUUUCUUCAGAGGCUGCGCCCUUCAGACGGCAAGACCACCAAGAUAUCCUCGCGUUCUUCAAGGAGGAAGCGGUGGUGGUUUCGAGGGGAGCUCGGGGUCCUCGCAGAGGCUUCGGAGUCCGGCCGCCCUUCCACGGCAACAACGACACGUCUUCGCGAGACUACGACCACACGAGGUACGGCGAUUGCCGAGACGACGCCGUCGAUGGACCGCAUUCUCUGCCGGAUCGUACUCAACAGGGCAGACCUCAGUGGAGACAGCGUGGCCGGUCGGUCACACCGCCGACGCAACCGAGCGCCUGGAAAGAGAACUGGAGGACGCGCACGUCUCAAGGCGCACGCAGUUCUAA